CAGCAGACGCCGGGGGUGGGCCUCUCAGGGACGCUGUUUAAAAGACGCGCUGAGCCGCGUGUUCCAGCCUGAGAAGAGAGGUUGACGCUGGACAGAAAUGGCGGCAGCGGGCGGCAGCCGGCGAACCCGUAGCCUGAGGCUUGGCCUGCCCUUGACCAGCACCCGCCUAUUGGCGGGGCCCUCCCCAGAAGAAGGCGAGAAGGACAGCCUCAGUGAGAAAACUUGUGACAGCAGCGACUGGUUUCAGAGGUCCAGGGUCCCCAGCUUUGCUCAGAUGUUGAAAAAGAACUUGCCCGUUCAGCCAGUGGUCCAGACGGUGACUCUUCCUGCAGGAUAUUCCUCUGAGGGUGGCAGCCUGCUAAACAUGGCCUCCAAGGUCACACAAGUGACAGGUAAUUUUCCAGAACCAUUGCUUUCCAAAAAUCUUUCAACUAUUUCAAAUCCUGUCCUUCCUCCAAAAAAAAUACCUAGGGAAUUUAUAAUGAAAUACAAACGUGGAGAGAUAAACCCUGUGUCAGCCUUGCACCAAUUUGCACAAAUGCAGCGGGUUCAGCUUGACCUUAAGGAAACUGUCACAACAGGUAAUGUGAUGGGGUCAUAUUUUGCUUUCUGUGCUGUGGUGGAUGGCAUUCAAUAUAAGACUGGACUGGGACAAAAUAAAAAGGAGUCUAGAUCCAAUGCAGCGAAAUUAGCUCUUGAUGAGCUUCUACAAUUGGAUGAGCCUGAACCAAGACUUUUAGAACAAUCAGGUCCUCCUCCUAUUCCUGCAGAACCCGUUGCUACACCUGAACCAACAUAUGUUUCAAAAGUACAUUAUGAUGGGAGACAUACUCAGUAUUCCAAGAUCUCACAGAUUGUUAAAGAAACAUUUAAUCAACUAAUUGCUAGUCAGUCACAAUAUCUGAAAUGUAGCAAUUCAUUGGCUGCUUUUGUUGUUGAAAGAGCUGGACAUCAUGAAGUUGUAGCUGUGGGCACAGGUGAAUACAAUUGCAGCCAGUGCAUUAAGCCAAAUGGAAGAGUGUUACAUGACACUCAUGGUGUUGUAACUGCAAGAAGGUCCCUCCUUAGGUACUUUUAUAGACAGCUUCUACUCUUCUAUAGCAAAAAUCCUAUCAUGAUGGAAAAAUCAAUAUUUUGUACAGAACCAGCUUCUGAUCUCCUUACUUUGAAACAAGAUAUCAACAUUUACCUCUAUAUGAACCAAUUACCUAAAGGAUCAGCCCAGAUUAAGUCACAGUUGCGUCUUAACCCAAAUUCUGUAUCUGCAUUUGAAGCCAAUGAAGAACUGAGUCUCCAUGUGGCUGUUGGAGGCAAAAUUUAUCUAACUGUUUACUCUCCUGCAGACGUUGUUAAUAGAGUGAACAGUAUGUCUUCAAGUGACAAGUUAACAAGAUGGGAGAUUCUUGGUGUACAGGGAGCAUUGCUGAGUCACUUUAUACAGCCAGUUUAUAUCAGUAAUAUACUUGUUGGUGAUGGGAAUUGCAGUGAUACUAGAGGCUUAGAAAUUGCCAUAAAGCAACGUGUUGAUGAUGCACUCACAUCAAGACUUCCAAUGUUUUACUUAGUCAACAGGCCUCAUAUUAGCUUAGUGCCUUCUGCAUAUCCAUUUCAAAUGAAUUCAGAAUACAAAUCGCUGAGUAUGAAUUGGGCACAAGGGGACCUUUCUUUGGAGAUUGUGGAUGGCCUAAGUGGGAAGAUCACUGAAAGUUCCCCAUUUAAAAGUGGUGUGUCAAUGGCAAGUCGGCUCUGUAAGGCUGCAAUGUUAAGUAGAUUUAAUCUACUUGCCAAGGAAGCAAAAAGAGAUGAUUUAUUUAAAGCAACUACAUAUCAUGCAGCUAAGUGUAUGUCUGCCUCGUAUCAAGAAGCUAAAACUUUAUUGAAAUCCUACUUACAGCAACAUGGCUAUGGCUCCUGGAUUGUGAAAUCUCCCUGUAUAGAGCAAUUUAAUAUGUGAAUUAGACAAUUCCUUGUCAUAUUAAACAUCUUUUUGUUUUUGGUGUGUUUUGACUGGCAAAAAUGCUUUUAAAAUGUUGGAGGUUUUCACUUUUAAAAAUCAGCGUCUUGCGACAGCAAUAUCUUGAGUAUUAAUAGAAAUUAGUGCAUCUUCAUAUUGGUUUACAUUGCAACAUUAGGGAUUUUUAAAGAUUUUUCAUUUGUUUUUGAAAAAAAUUACCUGAUUCAACGUGUACACAUUUUACAUUUUUUACAGACAAAAUCAUUACUCUUUACAGUUUAAAACAGAAUUUAUUUUCUCAAGAGUUUGCAUUGAAUCUAUCUGCAUAGCUGUAAGAUUCAACAUUGUGUCUAGUGUCUCAUUCGCUUUAUUUAAAAAUAGAAACCAAGAAUAAAAAUAAUUUGUAUUCAUUUAUUCAAGAGGCAUUUAAGUGCUUAAUAUUUUUCACUCACUAACUAGAUAGUAAUGAUACUAAUCACUAAAAGAUCUCUCAAAGAAGUUCAUGAACACAAACUAUACAUAAAAUACAGAAAAAAUACUGAAACCACAUUAGGUGGAAAAUCAUUUGAUAGAUUUUAAUUAAUAAAAGAAAUUCAUACAUGAUUUACAUACGAUAGCACAUUUUCAGCAAUCCUAUACUUUUCUGUGUCAAAUGGGAUUUAAUUCAUAAUUUAGAUUAGUGGAGAUUUCAAUAGGGAAAUAAAACUUCAGUGUUGUUAUUGUUUAUUCAGCACUUAGCUAAAAAUGAAAAGUUUCCUCUUCAGUUAAGAUGUAUAUCAUUAGUGAAAUUAUGAAUUUAUCCUAUAUUUUAGCUUUUUUCCUCGUAUUUCUUGCUUUUCUCUCUAAACUUUACUAGCUUCCACGGUUUGCCCUUUCAGCUUGUAUCUUUAUUAAAUUUAUGAGUCUCAUGCUAGCCAGUAUGAUUGAUUAUAAUCUUUGAUGAGCUGAUGUAGAUUGCUUUGUUGUCUAUUCCAAAAAUAUACAGCAGUAGUUUUUAGUUAAUGAUCAGUGAAGUUAUUAUGGAAAGACAUACUUAUGUCUUACGGUGUUCUCCAUACAGUACUUAGAAAUACUAGGCUGAACCAUGUGAAGUAGCCACUUUUGGUAAAUUUAAAACGAUAAAAGAUAGUAUGAAGAUCAACACAAAUAUUAAUAAAUUUCGUAUCAAUCU